CACAUCCCUGAUCUCAGGUGUUUGCAUUUAACAGCUGUGCUCCAGCUAUUUGGGCCUGUAAAAAAGAAAUCUGCAGUACAUACAAAUUUUGUUUAAAAAAAAGUUCUUCAUGAAAAGUAUUUCAUCAAAACUCGUAAAAAAUGGCAGAUGAAAAUGAGGAUCAAUGGUUAUACGGCGACUCGGUAGAUAGUAAAGAGUGCACGGAUCCAGCCACUAAUUCCAUAACUGAUGGAAAUGAUGCUUCUUUCGAACCACAAGAAGAUUCUUUAAAUCUCGAUAAUGAAAGAAAUGUAGAAAACGGCAAUGCAGUGAAUCUCUCCGAAGAAUUGAGCACUUUAGAACGCGAAGAGCAAUCUGACUUGAAUGAUUCUAACGUUGAUGAUGCAGGAAUAAAUAAAAAUGGAACAAAAGACAACGUUAAUCAAGACGACGGUGAACCGGCAAGUGAUUCUGAUUCCGAUGAUGAUGUACAUGUCGUUAUUGGUGACAUUAAAUCAGCACCAACUUACAGUAGUUUAAAUAUAAAACGAAGUGGUCUUUUGACUUCUGGUAAUGUACCUGAAAAAAUAAACAAGCUUCCUGGGAAAUUUAGUAUUGAUGAAUUUGAAACAAUUGGUGUGAUAAAUGGCAUUCCUGCACAUGAAUUUAAUCUCGAUCAAUUGGAAGAUAAACCUUGGCGUCAACCCGGUGCCGAUAUCACUGAUUAUUUUAAUUAUGGUUUCAAUGAAGAAACAUGGCGUGCUUAUUGUGAACGUCAAAAACGCAUGAGAAGUGAAUCGGGCGUUGGAUUAAUUUUAAAUGCCGGUAGCGGUGUUGGUAAUACCGGAAGUUUAGGUUCAAGAGUACCACAAGUAACAAUAACCAAUUACAAUAGUAAAUAUUCGGGUAUUAUGGGGCCAAAAAGAGCUGGACCACCACCUGGGAGAAAAAUGGCGGGAACUAUCGAUGUAAUUGGUAGUACUGGCUUGGCAUCACGACGAAAUCUUGAUAAAUCACCACCAAAAGAAAAUGUCAUUCAAGUUAUGACUGCCGAUAGAAGGGAGUACUCGCGAAAACCUGGAUUUCCUGACAUGAGUGUUCCACCACCGGUAACUGUUCCGCCACCGACUUUUGAUAUGCCACCUCCUGGAUAUCAAGAGCCAGCACCAUAUUUCGUACCAGAAGUUGAUCCAUACUAUCAAAGCUAUGAACCAACUCAAGACAGACAAUGGGGUGGUGAUCCGACUUGGCCAUCAGCUAAUUUGUCUAUUCCAUUAUCAGACAAUGGAGAUAAAGAGUCUAAUCCAAAACCUAUUUCUACAAUGAUUCCACCAAUGUCUAUGUCACCCAUAAUGUCUAUGCGUGAUCAAAGGGAAGGAAGAGAAAGAGAUUGGGAGAGGGAUCGUGAUCGUGAUAUGGAAAGUUUAUCUCGAUCUCGUGAUCGAGAAAAAGAUCGUGACAGAGAAAGAGAUAAAGAGUCAAUGGUCAGAGAAAGAGAGAAAGAAUCUGUAGCAAGAGAAGAUGAUCGAGAUAGAGAAAGAGAACGCUCACAUUAUCGCCAUAAAGAAAGACAUCGACAUCGUUCACGUUCAAGAUCACGUAGACAUAAAUCUAGAUCACGAAGUCCAAGCCGAAGAAAGAAGAAAUCCAGGCGAUCGGAGAGGGAGAGGUCGAAAGAAGAUAGUGAAUAAUUCAAUCAAGUAUUUUAAGUAUCCUCCUUUUUUGUUGAAUAAUAAGGUUUUUUUUUCUUUUUUUAUUAUUUUAUAACAGUGUGAAACGAACAUUGUUUAUUAAAUAAGUAAAUGGAAGCAAUAAAAUGUUUCAUCUUU